UAUUUUUUAUUCGUCCAGCUCCGUGAAGCGAAUCCAAACGGGAGAACACGUAUCGCCAACAUAGUCCACCGGUUCCAAGAGAGGUAGGCUACCAUACGCUUAAAUGUGACACUUGAUUGACCCGUUAUUAUGGCUUCUAUUUUUAAGGAUGGUUUACCAGGUCCUUUGGUUUUAAGGUGUUGAUGAUACCCUAAUAUCAGGAAAACAGCCAAUUUUCUUUACCUUUAACAUUAGAGUUUGAAUUUUUUAUUUUACCUUCAAAUUUUCAAUCUCUACGCAAAACCUCUGUGUCUUCCAAUUUGAGAAUCCACCAUGGGAACAGAAGAUGGAAAAAUACAUGCAAUGUUUCUUCCCUACAUGGCACCAGGCCACAUGAUGCCAAUGGUAGAUGCGGCCAGGCUACUAGCUGCAGCUGCUGGCACCAAGGUCACCAUAAUUGUCACUGCCAUGAAUGCCCUUCGCAUCAAAAACGCCAUUGAUGGAGAUGUCCAAUCUGGCCAUCAGAUUUCACUUGAAAUUCUCUCUUUCCCUGGCGCUCAAGUCGGCUUACCUGAAGGCUGCGAAAACAUGAUAUCCACCCCAACACCAGAAAUGUCCAUGAAACUCUUCCAUGCCAUCGAAUUGCUGCAACCAAACAUUGAAAAGCUUUUCCGUGAAGACCACCCUAACUGCAUAAUCUCCGACAGUCUCUUCCCAUGGACUUUGGAUGCUGCCAAUGAUCUUGGCAUACCAAGGAUCGCCUUUAAUGGUAGUGGAUUCUUCAAUCUUUGUGUCACUGACAGUAUUAUACGUUAUCAACCUCAGAAGAACGUCAAAUCCGAGACAGAAGCGUUCGUUGUUCCAGGACUUCCAGAUGAAGUAAAACUCACAAGUUCACAAGUGCCAGAUAUUUAUAGGACCAGAACUACCUUCUCUGAGUUAUUUGACAAGCUAAAGGAAUCCGAGAGGAAUAGCUUUGGGGUGUUGAUGAACAGUUUUUAUGAGUUAGAGCCUGCUUACGCAGAUCAUUGCAAGAAAGUUAUGGGAAUCAAGACUUGGCACAUUGGCCCUGUAUCUCUCUACAAUAGAGAUACCGAUGAUAAAGGUGAAAGAGGGGACAAGGCUUCUGUUUCCAAAUACGCUUGCCUUAGUUGGCUUGAUUGCAAGAAACCCAAAUCCGUUCUUUACAUCUGCUUUGGAAGCCUAACCAGAUUCAGCAAAAAUCAAACAACAGAGAUUGCUUACGCACUUGAGGCUUCGGGCUACUCAUUCAUGUGGGUUGUUGGGAAAGUCUUAAAAACAGACGACGGUGAUUGCAAAAAGCAACAGCAAGAAUUACCAGAAGGAUUUGAAGACAAAAUGAAAGAAAACGGACAAGGAUUAAUCAUAACGGGAUGGGCACCCCAAGUGCUGAUACUUGAUCAUCCAGCUAUUGGAGGUUUUUUGACGCAUUGUGGUUGGAACUCUAUACUCGAAGGAGUUAGUGCAGGUGUACCAUUCAUCACAUGGCCGAUCUUUGCAGAGCAAUUCUUCAAUGAAAAGCUUGUGACGCAGGUGCUCAAUUUUGGAGUAGCGGUGGGCAAUGAGGUUUGGAAAGCUUGGGCAACAGAGGAAUCACCGUCCAUAACGAACAGAGAUGAUAUUCUAAAGGCGAUUGAUGCGGUUAUGGGCAAUACGGGUGAGGCAACAGAGAUGCGCAGAAGAGCAAAACGACUUGGAGAAUUGGCAAAGAGAGCCAUUGAAGAAGGCAAUUCAUCAUACAAUGACAUGAAAAAUUUGAUUGAGGAUAUCAGAAUGUACAAAACAGGAACUAGUGGCUGAGCAAAGCUUGGAGAAUUACAAAAGAAAGAUGAUGAAGGCGGGAAUUCAUCUUAAAGACGAGGAAGGUUUGAUUGGGGAUGUCAUAUUGUACAAAACAAACUAAUGCGUAUUUUAUUUCUUUUCUUUUUUGAGACUGGUAAUAAAAGAGUUUUAAGUAAAAAAGGGUCGCAUAGAAGCCUGCAGAUGUAAUAAGGUUUUCUCUGGAUAGAAUAAGCACUUUUAAUGCUUCUGCAUUUUUUGAGACUUGAGAAAAAUUACUCCUUGAAAGGUUUGUGAAUUGCUAUGUAGAAAAAGAUUUUGAGCUAUUAUGUCAUCUUUAAGAAAGGAGCAAAUGUCAAACUAGAGCAUUUUGGAGGAGAA